AUGAAGCUGAUCCUUUUGUGCCUGGCUGUGGUGCUCUGCACCUUUGGCAAAGGGACUGCAGGUGUUAGAUUUGGGAAUAGAGUUGGCAUUAGUGCCAACGCAAACUUGAAAUCUGCAGUUGGGCUGAGCCCGAAAACCAAGAGUGCUGAUGGAGACAAACAUGACAAUGUACCUGCUGGAGAUGAAGCCACGUUGGAAAGUAAGAGUAAUAUGGGUGCUGGUGUCGCCAUAGAUCUAAACUCCAAACUGGGAUUGGAAUCAGCUAUCAAAGCAAUCCCUUCAGCUCUUGCUAAAGCAGAAAAUUCCAUUUUGAAAAGUUUUGGAAAAUUACUUGGAGGAGCAAUGGCCAUUGCUCGUGGCUCAGGUGACGCAACUGCAGAAAGUAAGCAGCAAUCAUCACUUGGAGUCGUCACAGCAUCAGGAGGUGAUCAGAAAGUGCAGGCUGAACCCCCUGAGGCAGAUACAUCCAACAUGUUACAGAUCUUGGAAGCAAUAGUUAACAACCACAGGGCCAAUGCUGGCACCUCAGGUGUCUCAGAUAGUCAGCACUCCUCAGUUGGAGUCACCACAGGUUCAGAAGGGCAUCUGAAUCUUAAGGAUGAAACAGCCCCCGAGGUUAAUGGAAAUGAGGUGGAUGGACAGAAUAGUAGUGACUCUUCAGAGACUGGAAGCAUGAAUGUUGGAAAUAAGAAUGACUCAGAAAACCACAGUUUAUCUUCUGUGUCUACAGGCACCAGCGUUGCUUCUCCUGGACCACAUGACUCUGCUGGCUCUGUUGUUAGUGGCCGAUGUACCACAAGCUCAUCUGAGUACACUACAUCUGGACCACCCAGUACUCCAGAAAAAGGAUCCCAUGUUCCAGAAGCAACUCCCACAUACUCAGAAGCCAAUAAAGAUGCGGGUGAAACGGCCACGUGGGGCAAUGGCGCAUACAAGGCUUUCAAUGGCCGCAUCUUUUUCUUUGAAUCUUCCUGCACGUACACGUUUUGCCGUGACUGUGCUGAAUCCGGAGGAGACUUCAAUAUUGAGAUCAAAAGGCACAGGAACAGUGAGAUUGGAGAAAUAAAGGCUGUGAUUGAUGAUGUUGGCAUCUCCGUCUUGAAUAAUACUAUUUUUGUUAAUGAUGAAAGGGUACAGGUGCCAUACAGCAAUAAGAUGAUUCACAUUAAAAAACAAGGCAAUCACUAUGUUCUGGACAGCCGUAGAAAAACCCUGUCUUUAAGGUGGAGCAAGAACAAACUCUCACUCACUCUUUAUAGCCAGUAUACAACCUGUGGUCUUUGUGGCAACUUCAACAACACUCCAGGUCAAGAUAUUAAUGAGCACAUUGCCAAUAGUAAAAUUUCCAAUGACUGUCCCAGCCCUUUGAGUAAGAACAAGGAAGUUUGCGAGGAUGGAGUGCAGUAUUGUGACAGAAUUAUUGGAACUUACUUUGAGAAAUGUGGGAAGGUUUCCCCUUCAUCCAGUGAGUACAAAAAGGUGUGCGUUGAUGAGUACUGUCGAACCAGAGGAGGCAAGAGCACUACAUGUAACACCUUUUCAGAACUAGCCCGACUGUGUGCCUACGAUGGUCCUGGUGUCUUUGAACACUGGCGAGAUGAUUCUGCAGUCGUUUGUGAAAAGCAACAAUGUCCAGGAAAGCACAUUUACAAAGAAUGCGGUCCUUCAAAUCCUCCAACUUGCUCUAAUGUGGCUCCUUUUCAAGACAGUGAAUGCGUGAGUGGCUGCACUUGCCCAGAAGGUUAUCUAUUGGAUGAUAUCAGUGAGAAAGGAAAGUGUGUAUUAAAGGAAAAAUGCCCCUGUGAAUCUAAUGGGAAAGUGUACAAACCAGGAGAAGUCCGAGAAGGCCCCUGUGGUUCUCAAUGCACAUGCCAAGAAGCAAAGUGGUCUUGUACCGAAGCUUUAUGUACUGGGAUAUGCAAAGUGGAAGGGAGCUUAUUUACCACUUUUGAUAACAAUGUAUUUAGCCACCCUGGAGACUGUCACUUCUUGGCCGUUCAUAAUGAAAAUAUUUCUAUUAGUGUUGAACUUCAUCCAUGUGACAAUGGUCAGACUGGAUCAUGCUUAAAGAGUGUCACGCUUCUUCAAAACUCUUCUCUUUCAGGUAGCAGAUUUGUGUUCAAUAGUGAUGGGACAGUCACAAAGGAUGGAGUUAGAAUUAAAGGUUAUUACUAUUCAGAUGAUAUACAGAUCUUCAAUGCAUCUUCUUUAUACAUGCAAGCAGAAGUACUCUCUCUCCUAAAAAUGCAAAUACAAAUCUCUCCUGUGAUGCAGUUGUAUGUGUCCAUGCCUCCUGAUGCAUUCACAGACACUGUUGGUCUUUGUGGUUCCUACAACAAUAAGGCAGAAGAUGAUUUCAUGUCAAGUCAGAAAAUUCUGGAGAGCACAGCUCAGGCAUUUGCGAAUUCCUGGGAGAUGAUGUCUUGCCCUAAGGGGAGCCCCUCCUCCUGCGUCAGCAUCGAAACAGAGGAGUUUGCUGAAAGCAACUGUGGGGUUCUUCUCAAUUCAAGCGGGCCCUUUGCUGCCUGCCAUCAAACUGUGAACCCCAAAUUCUACUAUGAGGAAUGCAAAAAAUACACGUGCUCUUGUGAAAACAGCCAAGACUGCCUGUGUACAGUUUUAGGGAACUAUGUGAAGGCAUGUGGUGAGAAAGAAACAUAUCUAGCGGGCUGGAGAGCUGGACUAUGUGAGGUUUCUUGUCCAAGUGGCCUUGUGUUUGACUACAAAGUGAAAACCUGCAACAGUUCUUGCCGAUCACUCUCACAACGAGACAGAAGCUGUGAUAUAGAAGACAUUCCAGUUGAUGGAUGUACUUGCCCUGAGGGGAUGUACCAGAACAGUGAAGGAAACUGUGUUCAGAAAUCUGAGUGUGACUGCUAUGUUAACGAUGAGAUUGUGCAACCUGGCAAAUCCAUCCUUAUUGAUGACAAUAGAUGUGUCUGCCAGGAUGGACUGCUUCUUUGCCAAACUCCCCUUGAUUUGACCAUACAAAACUGUUCCAGGGGUGCUGAGUAUGUAGACUGCAAAGAUCCCAAGGCACAGAGAAGGACUGAAAGGACAUGUAGCACCCGGAAUAUACCUGAUUUUGAGGUGAACUUGCCUUGCAAACGUGGGUGUUACUGUCCAGUAGGAAUGGUCCGUAACUCUAAAGGGAUAUGUAUACAUCCUGAUGACUGUCCCUGCUCUUUUGGUGACAGAGAAUAUGAACAAGGAAGUGUUACUUCGGUUGGCUGCAAUGAGUGUACUUGCAUAAAAGGGUCUUGGAACUGUACCCAAAAUGAAUGUCAAUCAACUUGCCACAUCUAUGGGGAAGGACAUGUCAGAACCUUUGAUGGAGAAAGUUACAGCUUUGAUGGGCUCUGCCAGUAUACAUUCCUUGAGGAUUACUGUGGCCAAGAAAAUGGCACAUUCCGCAUUUUAACUGAGAGUGUCCCAUGCUGUGAAAACGGGCUCACCUGCUCCAGAAAAGUCGUCGUGGCUUUCCAGGAUCAAAACAUUGUCUUACAAGAUGGUAAAGUAACAGCAGUUCAAACUACUGAAAAUACGGAUUGUGAGCGCGAUGGGACCCUGUACUCCAUCCACACUGUUGGCCUCUACCUGAUUGUGAAACUUGCGAAUGGAAUCAUCUUGAUUUGGGAUAAAUAUACAAAAGUAUCUGUUAUUUUGGACCCAAAGUGGCAGAGCAAAGUGUGCGGUCUUUGUGGAAAUAACAAUGGUGAUCUUAAGGAUGACUUCACAACAAGACACUCUUUGGUAACUACCACAGCCCUGGAAUUUGGAAACAGUUGGAAAACAAGUCAAGAGUGUUCAGAUACAGUCACUCAAAGCUUCCCAUGUGACUCGAACCCAUACUGCAAAGCCUGGGCUGAGAAGAAGUGUGAGAUCAUCAGGGAUGACACCUUCAGGGACUGCCACAGCAAGGUGGACCCCACGGCAUACUACAAUGCAUGUAUCGAAGAAGCCUGUGCAUGUGACAUGGAGGGGAAGUACCUUGGCUUCUGUACUGCUGUGGCAAUGUAUGCAGAGGCAUGCAAUGCAGCCGGAGUCUGUGUCUCGUGGAGAAAGCCAAACCUUUGUCCCGUGUACUGUGACUACUACAAUGCCCCUGGGGAAUGCAGCUGGCACUAUGAACCUUGUGGCACGGUGACGGCCAAAACAUGCAAAGACCAGGUCAUUGGCCAGAAGUUUUCUUCACUUUUGGAAGGCUGUUAUGCCAAAUGUCCAGAAAAUGCACCCUAUCUGGAUGAGAACACGAUGAAAUGUGUCCAGUUAUCUGAGUGCAGCUGCUUCUACAAUGAUGUCAUACCAGCAGGGGGAGCUGUUGUAGAUGACUGUGGAAGAACAUGCUAUUGUACGGCUGGCGAGUUGGAGUGCAGUGAGACCCUGCCCACAAAUUCAACACCAACAGUUUCUAUGACCACAGCCACAUCCGCAUUAAGCACUUCAACAGGCUCUACUGGGACCUCAGCUCCUGCUGUCUCCACGGCUGGAAGCACAGGCUCGACAGCAGCCCCAAGCUCAAGCGUCACCGGUUCUGUGCUCACAACAGGAACAAGGGGCAGGGCAGAUACAGCCACCACUGGAGCUGCUGGUGAAAACACAGCUGGGAGAACAGGGACCACAGGAGUGUCUUCAGGGUUUACCAGUACUAGCCCCAUAACCUCCACCAUACCAUCCACAGUCUCUGCUGGUAGCAAAUCAGGUGGAGUCCUAUCUACACCCACACCCACAUCGACUGAUGAAGAAACCAAAACUUCCAGGGCACACAUCAGCAGUGCAACAAGCCAAGGAAACUCGGGCACAAGUGGAGGAACACACACAGCCACCACUGGAGCUCCUAGUGAAAACACAUCAGGAACAACAGGUAUAUCCCAGACAUCACCUGGAGGGACCCCUACAGUGGCAGUGGGCAGCACAGCACUUACAUCUAGCAUUGAGGGAAGCAGCACCCCUAGUAGACACAGCACUGCUGUGACAAGCCCAGGACACACAGGGAGCACAGUGACAUCCUCAGUGCACACAACCAUCACUCAAGCCUCCAGUCUAUCCCCAGCCUCUGCCAGCAGCAAACCAGGCACACCAGGGGCAUCAUCUGGAACCACCUCGGCAGAAGCAGGAAGUAGCACCCCUCUACCAGCAAGCACUGGAGCCCCAGGUUCAGGGAGCACAGUGACAUCCUCAGGGCACACAAACAUCACUCAAGCCUCCAGUCUAUCUCCAGCCUCUGCCAGCAGCAAACCAGGAACAACUGGAUCAUCAGCAGGAACCACUAGAUCCUCAAGCAGUGAGAUGACCUCAGCUGAAGUCAGUGCAGGAACAACUGGAUCAUCAGCAGGAACCACUAGAUCCUCAAGCAGUGAGAUAACCUCAACUGAAGUCAGUGCAGGCACACCUGGGACAACUUCUGAAACCACCUCUGAAGGGGCAGGGGGCAGCACUGCUCUACCUGCAAGGACUGGAGCCCCAGCAUCAGGAACAACUGUAUCAUCAGCAGGAACCACUAGAUCCUCAAGCAGUGAGAUGACCUCAGCUGAAGUCAGUGCAGGAACUAUAGUCCCUACUGAAGCCACAUCAAGGGACAAUGAAGCCAGCACACCCAGGGAACCCAGCAGCAGUGCUACAAGCCAAGGAACCCCAGGAACGAGUGGAGGUUCACAUGCAGCCAGCACCGGAGCUCCUAGUGAAAACACAUCUUCAGUAACAGAGAGCACAGUGACAUCCUCAGGCCACACAACCAUCACUCAAGCCUCCAGUCUAUCCCCAGCCUCUGGCAGCAGCAAACCAGGAACUACUACACCAUCAGCUAGGGAAACAUCUGGAGCCCCAAGCAGUGAAUCGGCUCAGCCUUCAGACAAGUCAAGCACACCUGGGACAACUUCUGCAUCCACCUCUGGAGGAGCAGGGGGCAGCACUGCUCUACCUGCAAGGACUGGAGCCCCAGCAUCAGCAACGACUGCAUCAUCAGCAGGAACAACUAGAUCCCCAAGCAGUGAGCAGACCCCAUCUGAAGUCAGUGCAGGCACACCUGGAACAACUUCUGCAUCCACCUCUGGAGGAACAGAGAGCAGCACAGCUCUACCUGCAAGAACUGGAGCCCUAGAAUCAGUAACCACUGGAUCAUCAGCAGGAACAACUAGAUCCCCAAGCAGUGAGCAGACCCCAUCUGAAGUCAGUACAGGGCCUACUGUACCAUCAGCUAGGGAAACAUCUGGUGCUCCAAGCAGUGAAUCAACCCAGCCUUCAGACAAGUCAAGCACACCUGGGGCAGCUUCUGCAUCCACCUCUGGAUGGGCAGGGAGCAGCACUGUUCUACCUGCAAGUACUGGAGCUGCAACAUCAGAGAGCACAGUCACAUCCUCAAGACACACUACUGUUCCUCAGACCUCCAGUCAAUCCACAGCUACUGCCAGCAGCAAAGCAGCAAUGACUGCAUCAUCAGCAGGAACAACUAGAUCCCCAAGCAGUGAGCAGACCCCAUCUGAAGUCAGUGCAGGAACCACUACACCAUCAGCUGUGGAAACAUCUGGAGCCCCAAGCAGUGAAUCUCCCCAGCCUUCAGACAAGUCCAGCACACGUGGGGUAACUUCUGCAUCCACCUCUGGAGGAGCAGGGAGCAGCACUGCUCUACCUGCAAGUACUGGAGCUGCAACAUCAGUAACCACUGGAUCAUCAGCGGGAACAACUAGAUCCCCAAGCAGUGAGCAGACCCCAUCUGAAGUCAGUACAGGCACACCUGGGGCAACAUCUGCAUCCACGUCUGAAGGGGCAGGGAGCAGGACUACUUUACCUGCAAGUACCGGAGCUCCAGGCUCAGGGAGCACAGUGACAUCCUCAGGCCACACAACCAUCAUUCAAGCCUCCAGUCUAUCCUCAGCCUCUGCCAGCAGCAAACCAGCAAUGACUGCAUCAUCAACAGGAACAACUAGAUCCCCAAGCAGUGAGCAGACCCCAUCUGAAGUCAGUGCAGGAUCCUUAGUCCCUGAUGAACCCACAAGAGACAGAGGAAGCAGCACACCCAGGGAAUCCAGCAGCAGUGCUAAAAUCCAAGGAGCCUCGGGCACAUCUGAGACAACUUCUACAUCCACCUCUGGAGGGGCAGGGAGCAGCACUGCUCUACCUGCAAGUACUGGAGCCACAGCAUCAGUAACCACUGGAUCAUCAGCGGGAACAACUAGAUCCCCAAGCAGUGAACAGACCCCAUCUGAAGUCAGUACAGGGCCUACUGUACCAUCAGCUAUGGAAACAUCUGGUGCCCCAAGCAGUGAAUCGACCCAGCCUUCAGACAAGUCAAAUACACCUGUGGCAACUUCUGCAUCCACUUCUGGAGGAGCAGGGGGUAGCACCUCUCUACCUGCAAGUACUGGAGCCCCAGCAUCAGGCACACCUGGGGCAACUUCUGCAUCCACCUCUGGAGGCGCAGGGAGCAUCACUGCUCUACCUGCAAGAACUGGAGCCCCAGCAUCAGAGAGCGCAGUGACAUCCUCAGAACACACUACUGUCGCUCAGGCCUCCAGUCAAUCCACAGCUUCUGCCAGCAGCCCAGCUGUAACCACUGGAUCAUCAGCGGGAACAACUAGAUCCCCAAGCAGUGAGCAGACCCCAUCUGAAGUCAGUGCAGAGCCUACUGUACCAUCAGCUGGGGAAACAUCUGGUGCCCCAAGCAGUGAAUCGACUCAGCCUUCAGACAAGUCAAGCACACCUGGCACAUCAUCUGGAUCCACCUCAGGAGGGGAGGAAAGCAGCACCCCUCUACCUGCAGAUACUGGAGCCCCAGGUUCAGGGAGCACAGUGACAUCCUCAGGCCAUACAACCAUCCUUCAAGCCUCCAGUCUAUCUCCUGCCUCUGCUAGCAGAAAACCAAGCACACCUGUGGCAACUUCUGCAUCCACCUCUGGAGAGGCAGGGGGCAGCACAGCUCUACCUGCAAGGACUGGAGCCCCAGGUUCAGGGAGCACAGUGUCAUCUUCAGGCCACACAACCACCCUUCAUUCCUCCAGUCUAUCUCCAGCCUCUGCCAGCAGCAAAACAGUAACCACUGGAUCGUCAGCAGGAACCACUAGAUCCCCAAGCAGUGAGCAGACACCAUCUGAAGUCAGUGCAGGAACUACUACACCAUCAGCUGGGGAAACAUCUGGAGCCCCAAGCAGUGAAUCGCCCCAGCCUUCAGACAAGUCAAAGAGCACAGUGACAUCCUCAAGACACACUACUGUCCCGCAGACCUCCAGUCAAUCCACAGCUUCUGCCAGCAGCAAACGAGGGACAAGUAGAGGAACACAGGCAGCCAGCACCGGAGCUACUGGUGAAAACACAUCUGAAAUCGCAGGGAGCACAGUUGUGCCUUCAGGCCACACUACCACCCCUGGAGUCUCCUCCAACCUGCCCUCAACCUCUGCCAACAGCAAAUCAGGAACAACUGGACCAUCAGCUGGAACGACUAGAUCCCCAAGCAGUGAGCUGACCUCAACUGAAGGCAACACAGGAGAAAGAGCAAGUUCUACCACACCAGUGUCUGGAAGUGGAGAAGGUAGCACACCCAGGGAACACAGCUCUGAAGGGACAAGCGCAGGAACCUCAGCCGGUCCUACCACAUCCACCCAUGUUGCUGAGAUAGGCAGCUCACCUGGGCAACACAGCCCUGGAGUCACUAGUCCAGCAGUGUCAGGCACAAAUGGAGGAACAGGCACAGCCACGACUGGAGCCACAGCAGGAAGCACAUCUGUAAGGACAGGUGAAGGAGGGCCCACUAUGUCAAUGAUUACAAAAGGAGCAGCCAGCACAACUAGGGAACAAGGCACUGCAGCUACCACCCUCGGAACCUCAGGAACAAGAGGAGGAACAGAUGCAGCCACCACUGCAGUUGCUGAGGAAAGCACAUCUCGAGGAACAGGUUCGACCAGGAUCACAUCUGCAUCCACCUCUGGAGAAGCAGGUGUCACCACUCCUGGAGAAGGUCACACUGGAGCCACAAGUUCUGGAACAAGAGGAUCAGAUGCGGGCACCACUGUAGCUCCUGGAAAGAGCACAUCUGGAGGAACAGGUACUGUGAGAGCCAACAGAGGGACAUCCAGUAGUAGACAUGUGACCUUAAAUAGUGCCUAUGAUUUCCUGAUAAACAGUUCCCUGGAAAAUAUGACCUUUGUUCAUGUGGUGUCAAGAGGCACACCCAAAGCAUCCCCUGGAACAACCUCUGAAGCAGCUGUCAGCAGCACCCCUGGGACAGGAAGCACUCGAGCCCCAGAUUCUGCAUCUUUAAGGACCACCACUGCUGGUUCAGUGGCCCCAGCGAAACCAUCCACAUCUGCCAGCACACAAUCAGGGACCCCUGAACCAUCAGCUGGUGAAGCAACCGGAGCCUCAACCCAGCCUGGAGAAGAAUCAGGGACAAGAGGUGGAACAGAUGAAGCCACCACUGUAGCUCCUGGAAAGAGCACAUCUGGAGGAACAGCCACAACCAGAGCAUCCUCUGGAACAACCUCUGAAGCAGCUGCCAGCAGCACCCCUGGGACAGCAAGCACUGGAGCCCAGGAUUCUGAUUCUGCAAGGACCGCCACUGCUGGUCCAGUGACCACAGCCAAACCAUCCUCCUCUUUGAGCACAGAAACAGAAUCUCAGUCUAACAUUUUCCCACUUGAUCAACCUAAGGUUCACCUGGGGCAUCAUCUGGAUCAAGCCCUGGAACAGCAGGUGUCAGCACUCCUGGAGAAGCAAGCUCUGGAGCCACAAGUUCAGGUGAGAUACAAUAGCCUGGGUGAUGGUCCAGCAGCUUUUGUCCAUGUCCGGCUGAAUAUGGAGUACCAUGGGACCACUACACCAUCAGCUAGUGAAACAACUGGAGCCCCAUCCCAGCCUGGAGAAGAACCAGGGACAAGAGGUGGAACAGUUGAAGCCACCACUGUAGCUCCUGGAAAGAGCACAUCUGGAGGAACAGCUUCUGCAAGAACCACCACUGCUUCUUCAGGGGCCCCAGCCAAACCAUCCACCUCUGCCAGCACAGAACCAGGAACCAGUGGGCCAUCUGUUGUUGAAACAACUGGAGUCCCAGAGAAUAAACUGACACUUCCUGAGGCUGACUCAGGCACAAGUGGAGGAGCAGGUGCAGCUACUACUGGAGCCACUGCCGGAAGCACAUCUGGAAGAACAGGAACCACAAACAUUUCUGGAGGCCCCACCACUGUCAGUCCUGAAACAUCAACUAGACCAGUGAUGACCUCUGCUAGGAGCAGUCCAGGGACCCCUGCACCAUCAGCUGGUGAAACAACUGGAGCCUCAGCCCAGCCUGGAGAAGAAUCAGCAACAACUCAAGUUUCUACAGGUGUAACCAAAACAACAGACAAAGAUAACGGAAAUGCCAAUGACCUACCAUUCAGAGGAGGUGAAGGAGGACCCACUAUGCCAAUGAUUACAAGAGGAGCAGCCAGCACACCCAGGGAACAAAGCACUGCAGCUACCACCCUAGGAACAUCAGAAUCCUCUUCAACGAAGCAGUGCAUUAGAAUCCAGUGUUCUUCUUUGCCAGGUUCAACCGAGGGAUCUGUGGGAACCUCCACAGUAGCAGGCAAAGGAAGCUCCCCUGGAACAUCAGGCACUGUGGCCUCCAGCUCUGUCACACCAUCAGGAGCAGCCAGCUUGACAGUAAGUUCUGGACAAUCAUUAGGAGAGACACAAAUGACCACAGUGCUAUCUACCAUAGUUUCAGAUCCAACUAGAACGUCCUUUAGCCCUCCAAUGACAACUGGACCUUUAUCACCACAAGGAGGACAAACAAGUAGAGAAACUGUUACUGGAACUGGAACAACUGGUGUGUCAAUGACAAAUACAGAGAGAUCUGCACAAUCUCUUGCACAAUCAGCAACAACUGGACCAUCAUCUCAAGCACCAGAAACAACUAAGGUAUCAGUAACUGGCACAGAGUCGACUGCCCCAUCAACUGGAGGAACCUUGACAAAGGCAACAUCAGUUGGAGAAACAACAAUAAGAGCAUCAUCAUCUAAAGUAGCAGUGACAUCUGGACAAACAUCUGGGCCUACAGCAGCAACUAGUCCAUCAGUCUCAGUGUCAGGAACUACAGAGACAAAGGAUAAAUUAACUAUGACAUCAGGCCAAACACCUAGGGUUACUUUAACAUCUAGCAAGUCACCUGAAGUGAGUAAGGCAUCCACACAAUCAUUUGGGAGCACAGUGCUAUCUACUGUAGUUUCAAAUCCAACUAGAAUAUCCUCUCACCCUACAACAACAACUGUAACAUCAUCAGCAGAAGGACAACAAACAAGUACAGAAACUGUUACUGGAACAGGAACAACUGGUGCGUCUACUGUAGUUACAGAAAAAUCUGAACAAUCUCAUGCACAAUCAUCAACAUCUGGACCAUCAACUCCAGCAGCAGAAACUACUAAGGUAUCAGCAACUGCCAAAGAGUCAACCAGACCAUCAACUGAAGGAACCUCUACAAAGGCAACAUCAGUUGGAGAAACAGCAACAACUACUUUACCACCUAGAGAGGCAGUGACAUCUGGACAAACAGCUGGGCCCACAGCAGCAACAAAUAGUCCAUCAGUUUCAAUGUCAGGCAGUACGGUGGCAAAUGGUCCUGUGACUGUGACAUCUGUCAAGACUCCUAGGGUUACUUUAACAUCUGGCCAGUCACCUGAAGUGAAGGAGACAUCCACACCAUCAGCUGGGAGCACAGUGCUAUCUACUGUAGUUUUAGAUGCAACUAGAAUAUCCUCUCACCCUACGACAACAACUGGACAUUCAUCAGCACAAAGACAACAAACAAGUACAGAAACUGUUACUGAAACAGGAACAACUGGUGUGUCUACUGUAGUUACAGAGAGACCUGCACAAUCUCUUGCACAGUCAGCAACAACUGGACCAGCAUCUCAAGCACCAGAAACAACUAAGGUAUCAGUAAUUGGCACAGAGUCGACUGUCCCAUCAACUGGAGGAACCUUGACAAAGGCAUCAGUUGAAGAAACAACAUCUACAUCACGACCUAGAGAGGCAGUGACAACUGGACAAACAGCUGGACCCACAGCAACAAAUAGUCCAUCAGUCUCAGUGUCAGGAAACACAGUGCCAAAUACUAAAUUGGCUGUGACAUCUGCUCUGACAACCAGUGUGACUGUAACUUCUAGGCAAUCACCUGAAGUGAGUAAGACAUCCACACAAUCAGCUGGGAGCACAGUGCUAUCUACUGUAGUUUCAAAUCCAACUAGAACAUCCUCUCAAACUAUGACAACAACUGGACCUUCAUCAGCAGAAAUACAACAAACAAGUACAGAAACUGUUUCUAGAACAGGAACAACUGGUGUGUCUACUACAAUUACAGAGAGAUCUGCACAAUCUCUUGCACAAUCACCAACAUCUGGACCAUCAUCUCAAGCACCAGAAACAACUAAGGUAUCAGUCACUGGCACAGAGUCGACUGUCCCAUCAACUGGAGGCACCAUGACAAAUGCAAUAUCAGUUGAAGAAUCAACAACUACAUUGCCACCUAGAGAGGCAGUGACAUCUGGACAAACAACAGGGUCUACAGCAGCAACUAGUCCAUCAGUUUCAGUGUCACAAAAUAUGGUGACAAAUGAUAAAUUGGUUGUAACAUCUGGCCAGACAACCAGUGUGACUGUAACUUCUAGGCAAUCACCUGAAGUGAGGGAGACAUCCACACAAUCCACUGAGAGCACAGUGCUAUCUACUGUAGUUUCAGAUGCAACUAGAAUAUCCUCACACCCAACAACAACAACUGGACCUUCAUCAGCAGAAGGACAACAAACAACAAAAGGUCAACAAACAAGUACAGAAACUGUUACUGGAACAGGAACAACUGGUGUUUCAAGUACAAUUACUGAGAGACCUGUACAAUCUCUUGCACAAUCACCAACAUCUGGACCAUCAUCUCAAGCACCAGAAACAACUAAGGUAUCAGUCACUGGCACAGAGUCCAAUGCCCCAUUAAGUGGAGGAACCUUGACAAAGGCAACAUCAGUUGGAGCAACAACAACUGCGUCACCGCCUAGAGAGGCAGUGACAUCUGGACAAACAACUGGGCCCACAGCAGCAAAUAGUCAAUCAGUUUCAGUGUCAGGAAGUACAGUGACAAAUGGUCCUGGCACUGUGACUUCUAGUCAGACAACCAGUGUGACUGUUACUUCUGGGCAAUCACCUGAAGUGAGGGAGACAUCCACACCAUCAACUGGGAGCACAGUGUUAUCUACUGUAGUUUCAACUACAAAAACCUCUCUCCCUAUGCCAACAACUGGACCUUCAUCAACAGGACAACAAACAAGUACAGAAACUGUUACUGAAACAGGAACAACUGGUGUGUCUACUGUAGUUACAGAGAGACCUGCACAAUCUCUUGCACAAUCAGCAUCAACUCAACCUUCUUCUCAAGUACCAGAAACAACCAAGGUAUCAGCAACAGCCACAGAGUCAACUGGCCCAUCAACUGGAGGCACAAUGACAAAGGCAAUAUCAGUUGGAGAAACAGUAACCACCUCACCACCUAGAGAGACAGUAACAUCUGGACAAACAGCUGGGCGCACAGCAGCAACUAGUCCAUCAGUUCCAGUGUCACAAAAUAUGGUGACAAGUGAUAAAUUGGCUGUGACAUCUGCUCAGACAACCAGUGUGACUAUAACUUCUAGGCAAUCACCUGAAGUGAGGGAGACAUCCACACAAUCAGCUGGGAGCACAGUGCUAUCUACUGUAAUAUCAGAUGCAACUAGAAUAUCCUCACACCCAACAACAACAACUGGACCUUCAUCAGCAGAAGGACAACAAACAACAAAAGGUCAACAAACAAGUACAGAAACUGUUACUGGAACAGGAACAACUGGUGGGUCAACUACAAUUACCGAGAGACCUGUACAAUCUCUUGCACAAUCACCAACAUCUGGACCAUCAUCUCAAGCACCAGAAACCACUAAGGUAUCAGUUACUGGCACAGAGUCAACUGGUCCAUCAACUGGACGCACCAUGGCAGAGUCAACAUCAAUUGGAAAAACAAAAACUACAUCACCACCUAGAGAGGCAGUGACAUCUGGAAAAACAGCUGGACCCACACCAGCAACUAGUCCAUCAGUUUCAGUGUCUCAAAGUAUGGUGACAAAUGGUAAAUUAGGUAUCACAUCUGGCCAGACAUCUAGGGUUACCUUAACAUCUGGCCAAUCACCUGAAGUAAGGGAGACAUCCACACAAUCAGCUGGGAGCACAGUGAUAUCUACUGUAGUUUCACAUUCAUCUAAAAUAUCCUCUCACCUUACGACAACAACUGGAACAUCAUCAACAAAAAGACAACAAACAAGUACAGAAACUGUUACUGGAACAGGAACAACUGGUGUGUCUACUGUAGUUACAGAGAGACCUGCACAAUCUCUUGCACAAUCACCAACAUCUGGACCAUCAUCUCAAGCACCCAAAACCACUAAGGUAUCAAUUACUGGUACAGAGUCGACUGCCCCAACACCUGGAAGCACCAAGACAAAGGCAACAUCAGUUGAAGAAACAACUACAUUACCACCUAGAGAGGCAGUGACAUCUGGACAAACAGCUGGGCCCACAGCAGCAAAUAGUCCCUCAGUUUCAAUGUCAGGCAGUACAGUGGCAACUGGUCCUGUGACUGUGACAUCUGCUCAGACAACCAGUGUGACUGUAACUUCUAGGCAAUCACAUGAAUUGACAAGAACUGGACCAUCAUCUAGUACACUGGAAACAACUAAAGUAUCAGUUACUGACUCGAGUGAAGCUGGCUUGUCAACUACAGUCACUUUGAGAAAUACAUCAUCAGUUGCAGAAUCAGCAACAACACUAUCCUCAGCUAAAGUACUGUUAACUACUAGGGUAACAGUCACUGGUUCAGUGACUACUGGUGCUUCCACUGCAGUUACAGACACUACUGUGUCUUCCGGUGGAAAAUCAUCUUCAACUGCAUUACCAGGUAGCAUUUCACCUUCUUCUGGACAAGCAUCUGCAACUACUAGUGUGCCUACACCUUCAUCUUCAGGAUCACAAUCUAUAGGCACAUUUAGUGAUUGGACUUCAACUUUAGGACCAUCACCCAGAGUGACUGUAACAUUUGAGCCCUCACCUGGAAACACAUGGACAUCCAGUUUAUCCACUGAUGUUCCUGGAAGAACUGUACAAGCUGAUGAAGGAACCACAAGCCGAGGAAAUAGUACUAGCAGACCAGGAGCUGAGCCUACGACAAAUGAAGUGCCACCAAAACAGCCUGAAGUAACAGAGGCCACGACUUCCCUACGAGUAAACGAAACAGUAACAAGUGAAGCAGUCACGGGUACCACUGUUGCAGUCUCUGGGGAAACUAAAGAAUCAGUGAGAUCUCAUACAGAGUCCACAACUUCCACAGGAGGCAGUGAAACUACCCGUGCAGAUGUUCGAACAGAGGCUACAACUCUAACAGAGAAUAAUGAGACCCAGGGAAGCAGAGCCACAGCAGGUACCACCCAUGCAGCUGUAAGUAUGACCGAGGCAUCUAGAAGUUCCAGCAGCGAAACCACAGCUUCCACGGGAGUCAGUGAAGCCAUGGUCACAGGAAACAAUGCAGAAAUCACUACAUCAGCUGGAGGAAAUACGGGCUCGGAGAGUUCUACUUCAGGAGUCCCCACAGAAGCACCAGGCAGCCAAAGCACACGAAGAAAAACAGACUCCACUUCAACAGCAGCUGUCGUCACAACCAGUGCCCGCGUGUCCCAGCCAGAAACCGCUACCAAAGCAACAGAGGGUCAAGACACUGGAAAGGAAACAGUGUGUCCAGGCACGCUUCCACCAGCCCCAGUGUGUCAUGGUCCACUGGGAGAAGAGAAAUCACCUGGAGACACAUGGAUAUCUAACUGCCACCAGUGUACCUGUACUGACGCACAGGCUGUGGACUGCAAACCCAAAGAGUGUCCUUCUCCGCCCACCUGCCAAACUGGAGAGAAGCUUAUGAUAUUCAAAUCGAAUGACUCCUGCUGUGACAUUGGCCACUGUGAACCAAGAACCUGUUUAUUUAACAAUACAGAUUAUGAGAUUGGUGCAUCCUUUGAUGAUCCUAGCAACCCAUGUGUCUCCUACACCUGCAACAGCACUGGCUUGGUGGCCGUGGUUCAGGACUGCCCAAAGCAAACUUGGUGUGCAGAAGGAGAGAGAACCUACGAUUCAAAGAAAUGUUGCUAUACAUGUAAGAGUGACUGUAGAACUUCUCCUGUGAAUGUGACCGUUAGGUAUAACGGUUGUAGGAAGAAAGUUGAGAUGGCAAGAUGUAUAGGAGAAUGCAAAAGGACUCUCAAGUACAAUUAUGAGACCUUCCAAUUGGAAAAUUCGUGUGUUUGCUGCCGUGAAGAAAACUAUGAGUACAGGGACAUUACACUUGAUUGCUCUAACGGCAGGACCAUCCCAUACAGAUACAGGCACACUACAACCUGCUCUUGUCUGAACCAGUGUGAACAGUCUACAGCCAGUUAA